GACCACCCACUACUGAGACUGCGGCGAUCCAAAGCACACCACUCACUACUGAGACCAUGACGGUCCAAAGGACACCACCCACUACUGAGACCACAAUGAUCCAAAGGACACCACCCACUACUGAGACCACAACGAUCCAAAGGAGCAGCAUAACAUCUGCCCCUGGUCCACCUGCUCCACGCUGCACGGUGAAUGUGAUAGGGCUCAGUUUAGAGUCACAUUCAGGGGUGGUGACGGUUACCACCGGUGGUCUGUCAUGUGACUUCAGCCUGAUCGUUGAACACGACACACAGGCUCAGACAGGUGACUGCGACCCAUAUGGAGCCACUUUGAACCACUUCCUGUGUCGGGCUGAAGGUUUGGAACCUGGGACUUUGUACCAGUUCACUGUGGUUUCAAUGAGCGACGGAGAGAAGAGCAGCAUGCCAGCACACACAGACCCAGUCAGUCCGGCCGGCUUGGAGGUCCAACUGGACCAGCUUCAGUACGAUUCUCCUGGUGUGAGGGUGUCCUGGUCUCGUUCUGCGGGUCAUGUGGACUGGUAUGAUGUGACUUUGGAGGACACUAACUCUGGAUCCAUCCACAGUACCAGAAUCAUGGGCUCAGCAAUGCCCCGUUCUGGGUUCAGCUCCCUGGUCCCUGGUACUCGGUACACACUGAGUGUGGUGGCUACCAGUGGGAACAGGAGCUCCACACCUCUCCUCACCACAGCAGCUACAGCUCCCUCCUCUGUCCGUGGUCUCCAGGUGGCAUCCUUGUCCUCAGACAGCCUUGCAGUGUCCUGGCAGCCGGGGGUGGGCAGAACCGAGCAGAUCAGGGUUCUGCUGACAAAUGUGGACGGUGUUUUGAUGAAGAACGUCACUCUAAAAAAUACAACAGUGUCGACUGAGCUGGAUGGUCUGCGGCCAGGGACUCUGUACACUGUCACCGUGGUAACAGAGGCUGUAAGCCUGCAGAACUUCAUCUCCAGGGAGGCUGCCACAGUCCCUGCGCCAGUCACAAACCUGAGGCUUGACAACAAUGGUAGCUCACACAGUCUGCUGGCAUCCUGGGUGUCACCUGAAGGAAGCGUGGACUUUUACCAGGUCACCUUAUCGGCUCCAGGAUCACCCACCCAACAGCGCCAUCUACUGCCCAAUAUCACCUGGGUGACAUUUGGGGGUCUGACACCCGGUCGCUGCUAUGAGCUGUUUGUCAGAACCAGAGCUGGAGGUCACAGUUCAGAUUCAGCGACUCAAGGGAGGACAGUUCCUGGUCCAGUGAAGUCUCUGUCCAUGUCUCCUGUUGGUGAAGAGAGGACACUGAAGCUCAGCUGGACUCCCCCCUCAGGUGAUUGGGAGGACUACAGCAUUGUACUGAGGAACGGGUCAGUGGUCGUUGUUAACGAGACAACAAAUAAACUGAGCCGACACUUGGAGUUCUCCGGCCUCGACCUGGUUCCAGGACGACUCUACAGGGCAGAGGUCACAGUUCACAGUGGUAUCCUGAAAAACAUGGCAGUCUGCGACGGACGACUGGCGCCGCGUCCUGUGCAGCAGCUGUUGGUGCGUCACAUUGACGACACGACCCUGAGCGUCCUGUGGCGUCGACCAGUUGGUGAGUGGGAUGGUUUCACCGUACUACUCAGGAGGGUGGAGUCUGCCACCGUGGUGGCUCAGAGGUUCCUCCCCUGGGAGUCGAGAGAAUGCACCUUUAACCUCCUCACCCCGGGACGUUGCUAUGGCGUCACUGUGGUGACCAACAGCGGGAACUUGAGUAGCUCUGCAUCUGUUAUGGCGCAGACUGCUCCAGCUCAGGUGUCCAGGCUGCAUAUCUCUAACCUCGGCACCGUGGACAGUCUUCAGGCUCAGUGGGGACCAGCUGAUGGAGAUCUGGACUCGUAUCAAGUCCUUUUGAUCCACGACAGCAGCGUCAUUAAGAAUGUGAGCGUUGAUGCUAACACCAGCACCAUCAGCUUCCAGUGUCUGAGGCCAGGAGCUCUGUACACGCUGGUGCUGACCAGCGUCCGAGCGGGACACACGUCCAGACAGACGGUCGCUGAGGGACGUACAGUCCCGUCCUCUGUUGCCGAGGUGACGGUCAGUAAUAAUGGACGCAUGGACUUCCUCAGCGUGUCGUGGCGCCCGGCUGCAGGUGAAGUGGAGAGUUACCUGGUGACCCUGAGGGACCGGGAGAAGGUUCUUCACACUCUGGCCGUUUCUAAGUCCAGUCCAGAGUGUGUGUUUAACUCUCUGGUGUCGGGACGCCUCUACAACAUCUCCAUCUCCACCCGCAGCGGCGUCUACUACAACCACACCUUCAUCCUGGAGAGAACACAACCAUCAAAGGUCCAGAACCCGACAGCAACCCAUGCCGCCCGAGACGACUACCUGAAGGUGUACUGGCAUCAUGCAGCCGGAGACUUGGACCUAUACCAGGUCUUCAUCAAACACAACAACGUAUUCCUGCAGAACCAGACGGUGGACAAGUCGCAGAACGAGUGUGUGUUUCACGGUCUAGUGCCUGGCCGACUCUACACCAUCCUGGUGAACACUCAGAGCGGCAAAUAUGAGGCCAGCAUAUCCACACAUGGCAGGACCUUCCCGGCAACAGUCCGGUCCCUGGCUCUGGCUGGGCGGGGCACAGAGGAGCUGAAGGUAACAUGGUGGCCUGCUCCAGGUGAUGUGGAUCACUACGAGGUGCAGCUGCUCUUCAGUGACAUGAAGGUGUUUCCUCCUGUGACUCUGGGCAGCAGCGUGGCCGAGUGUGUCCUUUCUUCAUUGACGCCUGGACGUCUUUACAAGAUACUGGUCUCUACCUUCAGCGGCCCCAACCAGAGGACACUGUUCAUUGAGGGGCGCACAGUUCCAAGCAGAGUGAAGAACAUCCACCUGAGCAGCAGCGAGGACAGCAGUCUGAAGGUGAGCUGGACGCCAGGAGAGGGCGACGUAGACCAACAUUCUGUGAUUCUGUUCAGAGAUGACCGACAGCUCGACGUCCGACGUGUCCCCAAACACCAGAACCAGGUGACGUUUGGGUCUCUGCAGCCUGGACAGAAGUACAGGGUGACGGUGACGUCAGUGAGCGGAAAACUGCUCAACAACAACACUGCCUCGGGACGAACAGUUCCUGCCGCAGUGAAGGCGCUGCAGGUGGAGAACCUUCACACCACCUGCAGCCUCCAGGUGAGCUGGCAGGAAGCUGUGGGCGUGGCUGACGGCUACAUUCUGCAGGUGCAAGAUGACAGAGGCACUUUGGUGAUGAAUGCCUCGCAGACACACGGACACACCAGCUACAGGUUUGACCGCCUCACACCGGGAAGGAAAUACAGAGUCCUGGUCCAGACCGCCAGCGGAGGUGUCUUCAGCACCGGGGUCAGCGCCGAUGCACGGACACGUCCUGCUGUUGUCACUGAUCUGUCCAUUAAGUCCAACAGCACCAGCAGCCUGUCUUUCCUCUGGUCGCCACCGGAGGGCGACUUGGACCUGUAUGAAGUCAUCCUGUAUCGCAGCGAUGAGUCGCUGCAGGAGCGGCGCCGUCUUCUGGCCAAUGGGCGCCAGUGCACUUUCCAUGGUCUCACACCUGGAAGGGCGUACAAGGUGGUGAUUGUAACUCUGAGCGGCGAGCAGAGCAACCAGACGUUCAUGUGGGCCAGGACAGUGCCAGCAGCUGUUCUUUCCCUCAGAGUCGGGACUGGAAACCAGUCCGACUCUCUGCUGGUGACGUGGGAUCGCGGUGUUGGUGACGUGAGCGGCUUCCUGUUGUGUCUUUAUGACCGUGGUGGUGAGCGUCAAGCAGAGGAGCGACUGGGUUCAGAGGUCACUGGGUUUGUAUUCUCGGGUCUGGUCCCAGGACGACUGUAUCGAGCCGAGAUGCUGAGUCUGAGUGGUGAGCUCUGUAACAGAGUCGGCGCCGUGGGUCGGACAGCUCCACGACCUCCAACUUCCAUCCUGUUUGGGGCCGUAACCAACACCUCUCUGGAGAUGACCUGGAACAGUCCUGUAGAUUCCGACUAUGACAACUUCGACCUUCAGUGGACUCCAGAGGAUCAGCUGUCCAUCAUCAACCCUUACCACAGCCGCACAUCCGGCAGCCGCCUCCUGAGGGGGCUGUUCCCUGGACGACUCUACACCUUCAGUCUCCGCACAGUCAGCGGCGCGACAGAACCGGGGACCUGGCUCACAUACAGCACACCCAUCCACUACAGCAUCAGAACCAAGCCAGAGCGAGUCCAGAGCCUCCACUGUCAUCCUCAGAGCUCCACCUCCAUCGCUUGUUCCUGGGCACCUCCAGUGGCCGACUAUGACUCCUACAUCAUAGAUUGUCUCCACAAGGAUUCGUGGACGCUGGUCUACUCCCGACGCACUGGGAAAAAUGCCACCGCCUACGUUAUCACACAGCUGGAGCCACAUAAACACUACAGUGUCUCAGUGAAGGUGAUGUCGGACAGGACAACCAGCGAUGAGGCUCAGGACAGCGUGGUCACCAUGAUCGACCGUCCUCCAGUCCCACCCCUCCACAACAGGGUUAGUCAGAAGGUUGUUGUGGUCACCACUUCCUCCAUCACCUUUAAGUUCAACUGCAGCUGGUUCAGUGACGUCAAUGGUGCCAUUAGGUUCUUCACUGUGGUAGUGACCGAGUCAGAAGGUUCUGUUAAUGUGCAGCCAGUGCAGCAGCACCCACUACCUUCCUACCGGGACUACAGAUCCAACAGUUCCAUCAAGUUCUACCAGACCAGCUACUUCACCAGUCACUGUGAACAGGGCCCCGACUCCGCCCAAAGCUUCCAGAUCAGUCUGGGGACGGGGAUGAAGCCACUGGGGGGCACCUGUGAUCCAGAGACCAGCAAAGACCAGAAUCACUUCUGUGACGGGCCACUGAAGCCUAAGACGGCCUACAGACUCAGUGUCCGAGCGUUCACUCAGCUGUUUGGUGAAGACAACAGCGCCACCACUGUCUCUCCUCUGUAUGCCGACACUUACCUGUCACUUCCUGUCAUCACUGAAGCUGAGCCUCUGAAUGGUGUGAUCGAGGGCGUCAGUGCUGGUCUGUUCCUCAUCGCCAUGAUGGUGGGAGUCAUCGCUCUGAUCAUCUGUAAACACAAGGCUCACAAAGUUGUUGUGGAGAGAGCGACCAUUGGGAUGAAUGUAAAGAGAGAGAGCGCACCAUCAGCAGGUCAUCUUGGGGUCAGAGGGCAACGCCACAUCUCCAGUCCUGUUAGGAUCCUGAACUUUGAAUCUCACCUCCUCAAACUUCAGGCUGACUCCAGUUACCUGCUCUCAGAGGAAUACGAGGACCUGAAGGACGUCGGUCGUAAUCAGCCUAUGGACUAUGCACUGCUGCCAGAGAACCGCGGGAAGAACCGAUACAACAACAUCUUGACCUAUGACUCGACAAGAGUGAAGUUGUCCUACAUAGAUGACGACCCCUGCUCAGACUAUAUCAAUGCCAGCUACAUCCCAGGUAAUAACUUCCGUCGGGAGUACAUCGCCACUCAGGGACCUCUGCCCGGGACCAAAGACGAUUUCUGGAAGAUGGUGUGGGAGCAAAACGUCCACAACAUUGUGAUGGUCACUCAGUGUGUGGAGAAAGGACGAGUAAAGUGUGAUCAUUAUUGGCCGUUUGACCAGGAUUCUCUGUUCUAUGGAGAUCUGAUCGUCAGGAUGACGUCAGAGUCUGUUUUACCUGAGUGGACGAUACGAGAGUUCAACAUGUGCAGCGAGGAGCAGCUCAGCUUCUCUCGUCUGAUUCGUCAGUUUCACUACACUGUGUGGCCUGAUCAUGGUGUUCCAGAGACGACUCAGUCCCUGAUCCAGUUUGUCAGAACUGUCAGAGACUAUGUCAACAGAAGCCCAGGAUCUGGACCCACCGUGGUCCACUGCAGUGCUGGUGUUGGUCGUACUGGGACCUUCAUUGUUCUGGACCGAGUUCUACAGCAACUCGACACCAAAGAUACAGUGGACAUCUACGGGUCUGUGUUUGACCUGAGACUACACAGAUCACACAUGGUCCAGACUGAGCGUCAAUACUCUUUCCUGCAUCAGUGUGUCAGAGAUGUUCUCAGAGCCAGAAGACUUCUCCACAGUGAGCAUGAGAACUCUCUCUGUAUGGUCUAUGAGAACAUGAAAAAACACUGAACUCCAGACGUUAAACCUCAACAAGAAAUGACAUCACUCAACUGUAUAUACAUACAAACAAAUAUAUAUAUGUACGUAUACAUCAUGUGUUCAUCACAUAAACAGUAAAUA